AUGGGCAAGAAGAGCGGCCGCAGCAACAACGGCGGGGACGCCGCCGACGCGCCCAAGGCGACGGCGUUCGUGCUGAAGGUGCCGAUGCACUGCCGCUGCGACGGGUGCGGCGACAAGAUCCGCGCCGCGGUCAAGGACCUGACGGUCCGGUGCGACGGCAUCGUGUCGCUGGACAAGUCGGCGCUGGGCACCAAGGGCGAGCUGUCGGUCAUCGCCACGGCGGACCCGGAGAGGCUCCGCCGCCGCCUGCGCAAGGCCACCGGCAAGGACGUCGGCCUUGUCUUCCCCAAGCCCGCCGCCCGCCGCCGCCCGCGGCUGCCGGCAACAAGGCCGCCGCCGCCGUGCAGGCGCUGCUCGCCGACCUGCAGCAGCAGCAGCGGUGCACGCCACCACGGGCACCCGCUGCCCGCCGGCACUGGGAACGCGCUCCAGCACGGCGGUGCGGGCGGCGGCGUACCGUGGGUGCUGCAGCAUCAGCAGGCGCCCGCCGAGCCGUGCCGCCUCCCUACCCGCCCGCGGCCUCCUGGGCAGCGUCGCCCCGCACGACGGCCUUGGUGGGGCCCUACGGCGGCGGCGGUGUAG